AUGGAGCAGUUGAAGAUGCGAUUUAAAAAAUUAACUGUGCUUACUCCAAGAGACAAACAAACUGAAUUAGAUGUCAAAGAGGAAAUAUAUGAUGCCGUUAUCAUUGUUACAUUUGGUCCCGCACUUGAGUGCUUACUUCGGUCUGCUUUUUUAUUAGCGAGGCCUAAUUCUGCAGUGAGAGUAAUUGUGCGAGAUGUUGAUGAAGCAAAAGUUUUACGGGAGGUUAAGCUAGCUGGAUUCCUGCGUGUCAUGAAAGUUGAUAAUAAUGCAUGGAAAGCGUAUGAUUGUGAAAAGCCAAAUGUCAGUGUGGGUGCCACAGUACCUUUAAAAUUACCGCAUUCAAAUAAAAAAUCAAAUGUCUGGAACAUAAAGGUGAUGGAUGAUGACUUGAUUGAUGAGGACACGCUGUUAAAAGAUGAAGAUUAUGUCAAGCCUAUAAAAGAAAGUCACGAAGAAAAGCUGAAGAAAAGAAGACCAUGUAAAAAUUGUACUUGUGGCUUGGCUGAGAUAGUGGAAUCUGAAAAAGUCGUUGCACAACUAAAACCUGGCAAAUCAUCAUGUGGAAAUUGUGGUCUUGGUGACGCGUUUCGCUGUUCAGCUUGCCCGUAUUGGGGCUUACCUCCCUUCAAACCUGGCGAAGAAGGCAGAAUUAAGUUGGAAACAGUGAAUGACGUUUGA